CCGCCACUCGACAUCGACCGACCCGACGCCCAAGCCAGCCCGUCCUCAUCAAAAUGGUCAACAUUCCCAAGACCCGCCGAACAUACUGUGCUGGAAAGAAGUGCAAGAAGCACACUGCCCACAAGGUGACGCAGUACAAGAAGGGCAAGGAUUCGCUCGCCGCGCAAGGGAAGCGCCGUUACGACCGUAAGCAGUCAGGUUACGGUGGUCAGACUAAGCCUGUCUUCCACAAGAAGGCUAAGACUACUAAGAAAGUUGUGUUGCGGCUGGAGUGCGUCGACUGCAAGUAUAAGAUGCAGAUGUCGCUCAAGCGCUGCAAGCACUUCGAGCUCGGUGGAGAGAAGAAGACGAAGGGUGCUGCUCUUACUUUCUAAACGCUCUCAUCGUUCCCUUGCUUUCAGUCGGUCUUCUUCUCCCUACCUUUACUUUGAGUCCAUGUAUCCUCUUAGCAGCUAUGUGAUAUGCGACACAAAACACACCAUGCGCACACCCG